AUGGAAACCCUUGCGCACGGCAAACCCUACGCCGUCCACGACCCUCCGCAGCAGCGCUCCUUCUUCUCCACCUUCCUCUGGCGCUUCCUGGUAGCCAUGGUAGCGGCCUUCGCCCUCAUGGCUAUCAUUUCUUUCACCGUCAAGCUCGUCUUCAAGCAACGUUACCCUGAAAUUCUAGUGGUCUCAGGCUCCGGUACCUUAAGAACCAGCCGCUACGGCCUCACGGCCAAGUGGGACGUCAUGUGCGUCGUCAAGAACCCUAACAACAAGUUCACUAUCCAUUACGACGCUAUUUCCGCCGCCAUAACGUACGGCAAGUUCGGGAUUCUGGACUCCAAACACUACAAGCCCUUUGUACAGGGCUCGCGGGCCCAGAAUGCCGUGGGCCUUGGGUUCGCGGCGAAGGACGUGUUUCUUGGGAAGGAGGAGAUACUGAGAAUUUGGGAUGACAGGUCACGUGGGGAUGUUCGAUUUGGUCUGAGGUUGUCGGGAUGGGUGAGGUUCAAGAAUGGUAUUAUCAAGUCAAGGUAUCAUUUUUGGGAGAGUGUGUGCGACCCUCUCAUCUUUGAUUUCUCAGCUACCAAUAACUUUUCCCUCACUUUGACAAACCCUGUAACAUGCAAGUAA